AUGGCUUACAACGUACAUGCCCUGAUCUCAGAGACCCAAGAUAUCACAGCCAAAGGUCUCCACGAUGUCAAACCACCCGUCGCGGUUCCCGAGCCCUCCACCGAUCAACCUCAGCCGCAACAACCCAAGAUCCGCAGCAAGUACCGUCAUGUUGCAGCGCUGCAUUCCCAAGUUCGUCCAUCGUGUCUGAGCCAUGAGGCCCAAAAGACGCCGAGCUUUAUAGGAUUCCGCAAUCUCAUGGUUUUGACCAUCAUAGUCAUGAACCUGCGGCUGGUCAUUGAGAACGCGAGAAAGUACGGACUCCUCAUUACUCUGAAGUCGAACCUUCGAAAUCAGGAUAUCAAGAUCGCUCUGGCCCUCUAUGCCCUCACGCCAUGUCACCUUUUUGUCGCCUACAUUAUCGAGAAAGUGGCCAUGGAAAAUGCCAAAGGAGUCAUUGGAAGACGGAAGAAGAGCGAUCCAGAUGCCAACAAAAAGCCCGAGACGGAAAAACAGACAAGAGAGUUCCUCAACGCUUGGUGGUGGAUUGCUGUCGCUCAUACCUUGAAUGCGUCGCUUGCUUUACUCAUCUCGAGCUUCGUGGUCUACUACUUCAUCCACAAUCCCGGCUUAGGGACCAUCAGCGAGCUCCACGCCAUCGUGGUGUGGCUCAAGACCUGCUCAUAUGCCUUCACCAACCGAGAUCUUCGCCAUGCCAUGUUGAACCCUGGCGGCCCUGAAUCGGCCCUUCCUGACAUUUACUCAGAAUGUCCCUAUCCGCGCAACAUUACGCUUCCUAACUUGUGUUACUUCUGGUGGGCACCCACACUGGUUUAUCAACCAUACUACCCACGCACAGACCGAAUUAGAUGGACUUUCUUCUUCAAACGGGCCGGUGAAGUCGUUGCCCUCUGCGUCUUCAUCUGGCUCACUUGUGCACAGUACGCGAUUCCAGUCUUGCGCAACUCGCUGGAUGGCAUGGCCGUGCUCGACUUCUCUUCCAUUGCGGAACGUUUAAUGAAGCUGUCCACUAUAUCCUUGAUUGUCUGGCUCGCUGGAUUCUUUGCCCUGUUUCAGUCCUUUCUCAAUGCACUGGCCGAGAUCAUGAUGUUUGGCGAUCGAGUCUUUUACGAAGAUUGGUGGAACAGCACAAGCCUCAAGAUGUACUGGUCCACCUGGAAUAAGCCGGUCUAUCAUUUCAUGCGGAGGCAUAUCUACUCCCCUCUGGUUGGUCGUGGCUGGUCACAUCGGGCAGCCAGUGCGUGGGUCUUUGUGUUCUCAGGCCUGCUCCACGAGCUCGCCGUGGGAGUGCCCUCACACAAUAUUCUCGGAGUUGCUUUUCUUGGGAUGGUGCUGCAGCUACCUCUGAUUCAGAUUACAGAACCUCUAGCAAAGAUGGAUGGGACGGGAAAGGUUAUUGGUAACUGUAUCUUUUGGAUCAAUUUCGUGUUUGUUGGACAACCGCUGGCUGCGAUGAUCUAUUUCUUCGCUUGGCAAGCAAAGUAUGGAGAGCUCAACAAGGUACGGAGGUGA